AUGGAAGAAACUGUGGAGUCAAUGAAAGGUGUACAACUGAACAAUGCUGAUAAUAGUCAGGCCAUGUUCAGUGAUGCAGCCCGAGUGCAGAAUUCUCACAGGUAUAGAAUUCAGUGCACUCUACCAAUCACCGAAAUCUAUGAGAAGAUGUUCACAUUCUUGUGGUACUGGAUCUUCCUCCUGGCUAUCAUCACCAUCCUUAACCUUGUCCUGUGGGCAGGAUUUCUCUUCCUUCCAUUCCUAAGAGAUGGUAGGAUUGCUGCCCAUGUCACCGCUGCCAAAGGAUCUCGCCCUGAUGAACACUCUAUAACUCGAUUCAUCAGCAAUUUCCUGGGAAUUGAUGGAGUACUUGUCUUGUCCAUGAUCUCCUGGAAUUCCAGCGAGCUGGUUUCAGCGAAGCUGACCAAACAUUUGUACUAA